UACAGAGUUAUUUCAAAACAUAAGCGGAAUUACUGUGUAAAUCGUGUAAACUUCUGAACAAGUAUAUUAAGAUAAUUGGUUCAUAAUUAAUUGUGUAAAUGUAUGAUCUUUUAUGUUUUAUGUCAAUUUGCUUGUGACACUUGUUUCCUGCUUUGUGAAGGCAAACAAUAGAAUUAAAUCAAAUAAGUUUAAGUUGACGAUGAACUAUUUUUAGAACGUCUUAUACAUAGAUUUUUGGAAUGAAAUGGGGUUUUACCAUUUCAUAUUUACGUUUUAUUUCAUAAUGGACUCUUAACAGGUAUUUAAAAUUUCAUCUUAAAAGCGGACAAUGGCUAGAAAAAAUGAAUAAUGUAUAAAUUCUAUAAGGUAAUGGUUCGCUUUGUGGAAUCAAAACAACAACAGAGGCUAUGAAAUAAAUAUACUCGUAGAAUGUAUGUUAUGACCAUAAUCAUUUGCGCCUGUCUCAAGAGAACUACUGUAACUGAUAUGAAGCCAAACCAAAAGGAGUCUUUUUGAGUGAUUUGAAAGACAAUGCCUACAAUCGAACAGCCCUUAAAUAUAGGUGCUGAGGACCUUUUAAGAGGUGUUGAGUUCACAUAUUGCGGGGAUAUAUAUGUUCUCAAUAAAAGUUUAAUAGGAAAGAAAUGGAAACAAAGAUAUGUGAUUAUAUCGCAAUGUUGUUUAUAUAUUUACGCUAGUAGAAAGGCUAAAAAAGCUGACCAAUGUUACUCAUUCAAAUAUUUUGAAAGUGCAACAGAGAGUGAUCCGGAGAAUGGUGAAAAAAUAUGUUUCCGUCUAAGUUACACUACAGCGCAAGCCCCAAUAUUGUUUUCGUGUGAUACUGCCGAUAAUAGGACAAAAUGGAUUCAGGAAUUCAAAGCAGCAAUUUCUGAAGUAAGGUGGCAUAACUAUUCAGCAGACAGUGGCUUUGGAAGCGCUGAGGCGACGGCUUACAGUAGCGUACAACCUGGGGAUUAUACAGAUUUAAGAUACGAUGUGGUUAAUGAAAGCCGUUUUGGAAAUGCUAAAGAUGUGAACAAAAGUACAAUCGACACACGUUUGCCUGUUCAGCCUUGUGACGAUGAUGGAGAAUAUGAGGAUCCGAUUGACAUUCAAGUAUCUAAUGUUCCGUUGUACAUGAAUAAGGUACAUGAUGCAGAAAAUAAACGUUACGAUCACAGAACUACUGUACCUACAGGAAAAUCGGAAAAGGGUACGCGUGCUCCGCCGAGUGACUUAAUGAACGAGCUAAAGAAUCAAGUUGAAAGCAAAGAACACAAAUAUACAAAAGUGAAAGCAAAGCCUACACCACCGCCAAAACCAACAGUAAAUGGAUCGCUUACAUCUUCACAUGCUUCAAUGUCAUCUUCGAAAAUGCCUUCAUCACCUUUCUGUUCAGUUCGUCAAGGAACGAACGCUUCAGAACUGCCACGUGAUUUUAUGACGUCUGCUAAAAACUUUUCAUCGUCUUUCUGCUCAGUUCAAAGCAGAACGACUGUUCCUGAACAUUCAAGAGAUUUGAAUUCGUUUUCGAAAUCUACGAGGUCGUUUCAUUCAGUUCGAGGGGUAACAAAUGUUCCGAUUGAAGAGUCAUCUCAGAAUUCGACGGUCGACGUUCAUGAAAAUUUUUACGAAAAAAAUGACUCCGAUGGUAGCACUGACAGUGGCGAUACAUCGCCUAAAGUUCUUUAUGAAAAUCCAGAAACAGUACAAAGUAUGCUGACCCCAAAAUUUGCAAGAGAAGACUAUUUGUGUGAGGACAAAGGAAAGGGUAAAAGGUUGUUGAAGAAACAAGAAGAGGGUCAUUUUGCUGUUUUCCCAGUAGGUGACAUCCCUGAAUAUGAACUAUGUGUCAAAAUAUCUAAAGGUCUAAGAUAUUUCCGGAUAUAUUCCCAGAAUGGUCGUUUUUCUCUAUACAAGCUUGACGAGACUUACACAUUUUCAACCGUUGACUACCUCCUUUCGUACUACAGUAUGAAUGAUUUACCUUCUACAGAAUAUAAAGUGAAGCUUCAGUAUGGAUAUAAUUAUAGUAGUAGAUUAUCUUAGUGAUUUUUAAAUGACAUAAAUAACCUUUCGGACAAUAAGUAAUAAGUUUAUGCAACGCCGAGGAAUCAUUUUUAUGUAUAAUAUUAUACUAUAUACUUCAUAUGAACACAAUAUGUGAAGUUCUAUUGGACCAACUAUUUUGCAUUCACAAUUUGUUUUGCAUGAUGCCAACUGGAACAAUCAUUCGGAAAAAGAGUACAUUUGUACAUCAUGCCGCAUGAAUUAUUGUAUAUUAAAUAUCAGUCAAUUACAUAUACAUUACAAAUCUAUAUUCUUCCAAUGAAUGUCACGAAUGCUCAAUUUUUACAGAAAACGUUACCAUGUUAGGGUAUCUAUGUUUUUAUUUGGUACUUGAAGUAUUUUGUUUUUUAUGCUCUUCGAAGGGUGAGCUUUUGGUCGCCGCUUCGUCCGUCCGUCCGCUUUUCCAUUCCGGGACAUAACUCUGAAACAACAAGAGGUAUCAAUAUGAAACUUUGUAGGUAGAUAAAUCUCAUUUGGUAGAUGUGAAGUGCACAAGAAUCGUACCUCUGUUUUGCCUAAUGUUGGAGUUAUUCCCUUUGUUCAUUUUUACACUUUGAACUUUGUCCGGGACAUAACUCUAAAACUAUAAGAGAUAUGAACAUGAAACUUUGUAGCAAUUGGAUCUCAUUGGGUAAAAGAGCAGUGUAAAAGAACGAUAGCUCUGCCUUGCGUAAUUUUGGAGUUUCUUUUCUUUGUUCAUUUAUUCACUUUGAACUUUGUCCAGGACAUAGCUCUGAAUGUAGAGAAGAGAUGAACAAGACACUUUCUGGGUAAAUAAACCUCAUUUGUUAGAUGUGCAGUACAAAGAAAUCAUAACUCUGCCUAACCUAAUUUUGGAUUUGUUGCCAUUUGUUCAUUUUUACACUUUGAACUUUGUCCGGGCCAUAACUCAAUCACUAUGAGAGAAAUGAACAAGAAACUUUGUAGGUACGUAGAUCUCAUUGGGUAGAUGAGCAGUGAAAAAGAAUCGUGACUUUGCCUUGCCUAAUUUUGGAGUCACUGACCUUCGUUAAUUUUUUCACUCGGUCUUGUAGUUUUGAUGCCAUAAAAUUAAUCAAUUCUUACGCAUCAAAACUCCAAACCAGUGUUAAAUAGCCGAUAUACACCCCUCAGGCCGAUAUUGAUUCUUAAUUGAUUUAUUUUAGUUUUAUGUAAUGGCAAAAAUGUGCAACAUUCAAGGUUCCAUGAUAACCGCUGUAUGAACGUAUCUGUUUCUAAAUUAAAAAAAAUACCAUAAUAUGUUAAAUGUUCAAUUCCGCUUAAACCGGUGUAAGGGAGCAUUGACGGUAACUUGAACUUUCCAGUACCGUUCAUAAAGAGGCUCAAUCAAACCGAGUCUGACACAGUUUUAAUUAUGCCGUUAUCAUUUGUAUUAAUAGAAGGUGCCGGGCAAUGAAUUAUCCAUGACGAAAAAACUUUCUUAUGUCAUAUUUAAAAUGCAUCAUUUGAAACUUGUGAAAUGUUAAGUGUAACUUUUAUAAUGUUGUAUAUAUUUGCUAGAUGUUUUGUAACGAUACAUGAUAUUAAGUAAAUAGUAUAAGAACUAUUUAUUAUUUAGAUUGUGAUAAUUUUGUUGCAUUAUUUGCUUUGAAUAUGCCGUAUUUUGUAUAUGCUUUUUGUAUAUAAAAUAAAUGAUAAUGGCAAUUAUAUUUUUCCUUUUAUGCAUGUUUGUAUUUGCAUUUGUACAAUCAUAUUAAAAUCAUCAAGCUAA